AUGAUAGCCCCGGGAGGACGCAUGAAGUACGACGUUAUCGUGGUUGGAGGCGGCGCGGCCGGCUCCACUCUGGCGAGCCGGCUGGCUGAGGAUGCGAACACCUCGGUGCUGUUGCUGGAAGCCGGCAACGACUAUCCGGACCCGGCGGUCUUGCCGGACGAUGUCAAGUUCGGCGGCACCAGAUACGCCGAAGCCCAGGAUUCGGUUCACAACUGGGCGCUGCGGGGCACCAUCACCGCUGAGCAGGGCGAGAUCCACGUCGCCCAGGGCAAGGUGAUUGGCGGCGGCUCUUCCAUCAACGGCCAGGCGAUGCAGCGGGGUUUCCCGGAGGACUUCGACAACUGGGCCGCAAUGGGCAAUGACGAGUGGUCCUACGACAGGGUCCUACCCUUCUAUCGGAAGAUGGAGAACGAUCUGGACAUCCAGGACGAUUACCACGGUUCCGACGGUCCAAUGCCGGUGCGCCGCCGGGUAUCCGGCACGUGGGCGGACAUCCAGAAGGCUUUUCACGAUGCCUGCCUGGCCGAAGGCUACCCGGCCGUGGAGGACACCAACGGACCCAACCCGACGGGCGUAGGCGUGUCUCCCACCAACAAUCUGGGCGGCAUACGGAUGAGCGCGGCCAUGACGCACCUCAACCCGAUGCGGCACCGGCUCAACCUGACCGUUCGGGGUAACGUGUACGUCCGGCGGGUCCUGUUCGAGGGCAACAACGCCGUCGGCGUCGAGGCGGAGAGCGGUGGCGAAAUUUUCACCGUUGGCGCGAAUAGGGUCGUGCUCAGCAGCGGGGCCAUCCGGUCGCCACAACUGUUGAUGCUAUCCGGCGUGGGCCCCAGGGAUCACCUGCAGCAGAUCGGGAUCCCCGUGAUCCACGACAGCCCGGGAGUUGGCCAGGGUCUAUGGAACCACCUGAGUGUGCACAUCACAUACAAGGUGAAGGAUGGCAAAACGCUGACCGGGGAUCUCGACGCGCCUCACUUCGGACUGCACUACUCCGCCAGCGGCUCCGGCUAUACCAACGAUAUGGUUCUGCGGUCCAGCACGGUGGUGGACGAACGUGAGGAGAAGGUUGCGGGCGUGCGAACGCGGUACAACACGGGGGACGUGCCAGCGGACCGGGCGGCGCGGAUCUCCUGCACGCUGGGCCUGCCGGACGGUUCGGGGUUUGUUCAGUUGCAGUCAUCCGACCCUGACGUGCAGCCGGAGUUCAACUAUCAGUAUCUGCAGCAUCCCAAUGACGCCCGAAGGAUUCGGGAAGGCAUUCGCUUCGGCGCUCGGAUGUUGGAAUCUGACGCCUUCAAGGACGUGUACGAUUUCCGCAUCAACCCGCCGGAUGACAUCCUGAACGACGACGGCGCCCUGGACCUGUGGGCACGGCAAACGGCUGGCACGGCGCGCCACGUUUCCGGCACCUGCCGCAUGGGGCCGGACGGUGACGCCAUGGCGGUGGUCGACCAGUAUUGCCGGGUGCGUGGUGUCGAGGGGCUUUGGGUGACGGACGCCUCGGUAAUGCCGCGGGUCCCCCGCUCAGGCGGAAUUCACCCCACGGUGAUCAUGGUGGCGGAGCGAGUGGUCGACUGGAUCGCGGCCGGGUAA